GUUUGCACCUUUCCGUUUCUUUCCUCAAGCGUUGUAGUGACACUGAGAAAAAGUCACGUGGUGGACAAAAUGGCGAUGUUGGCAGAACCGAGACGAAAACAAAAAUUUUCAUUUGAUCCGCGAAACACAAACUGGAGUAAUGAUGAGACAAAGUUUGGACAUAAAUUAAUGGAGAAGAUGGGUUGGUCUAAAGGUAAAGGACUUGGGGUUAAAGAAGAUGGUAAAACUGAAAAUAUCUCUGUCACAUUGAAGAAUGAUACAAGAGGUGUUGGUUGUACAAAGAGUCAUGUUGACAACUGGAUAGCUCACCAAGAUGACUUCAAUGCUUUACUUGCUAAUCUUGGACAGGAUCAUAGUACAGGGCCUGGGGGUUCACAGGAGGAAUCUGACAGAAAGGUCCUCAGUCUAGAGCAGACAUCUAGGUCAUCCAAAGGCAGAGUACACUAUCAGAAGUUCACUAAAGGAAAAGAUUUGUCUUUGAAGUCAGAGACUGACUUAGAUUGUGUGUUUGGAAAAAGGAAAAGCCAGUCGGGAACCAGUACACCACAAGCUCAAUCAGGAGCUAAUACACCACAGGUCCAGUCUGAACCAAGUUCAGAUAAUGAGGAAAACACACAUGGUUUGAUAACUGUAACAAGUACUGACAGCGUACAAGACUACUUUAAGAAGAAAAUGGCGGAAAAACUGAAUAAACUGAAAGGAAUAAGGGCUGAUACUGUACAGUUAGAGGAUAGUUGGAACAAUAGGAAUAAAGUCGAAGCCAACGAAGAAGAUAAAGAAUGUCAUGAGAUACAAAACAAAACUAAAAAGAAGUCCAAGAAAAGGAAACUUAACUCUGAUGACACUGUUGAUCAGGCUGAAGAAACAUUGAAUGACAUAGGAGAUGAUAGUGCUAAUAAAGAGGAAGUUAAGAAAAAGAAAAAGUCAAAAAAGAAAAGGAAAAAUGAGAAAGAAUGUAAAAAUGACAAUGAGGCUGAAGAUGAUGAGGUUAGUCAUAUACAUGUAAAGGAAGAUAAUGAUAAUGUAGAUAUAUCAGUAAAGAAAAAGUCAAAAAAGAAAAAGAGAAAUUUAGAAGUUACCGAUAGUUUAGACACUGGUGAUGUAAAAACAGAACAGGUGGAGGAAAGACUACUAGAAUGUGUGGUAAAUGAAGAAAGUAUUAGUGACAUAAAGCCAAAGAAAAAGAAGAAAAGUAAAAAAAGAAAACAGGAUAUUGCAGAAGAUGAUAUGGUUACACCAGCGAAACAGAAAAAGAGGGUAUCGUUUAAACUUGCAGAAGAUGACAAUGAAGAUUUGUCCGAGGAAAAAUCAGAUAAGAGUAUCAUCAUAAGUGAAGAAUCUAAACAGAAGGAAUUAAAUAGAAACAAUGAUGAUUCAAGUGGAGAUAUAAAACUUUGUUCAAACAAAGGUGAAGCAGCAUCUUUGCCACUAAAUAAUUCUGAUAAUUCAGUAACAAAAUCAUGUAAAACUAAAGAUGACAGAGCCAGCGAUGUUAGAAUUACCUCUGAUCUGUGUAAAAAUAGUAAUAGAAGGGAUACUAGAGGACUGAUGGCAGUCAGGGAGGUAAAGAUGGCUGCUCAAGCAUACAGAGGUGCUAAUAUA